AUGAAGAAACCGGUGCAAGUGUAUAUCAGUUCGGUUCUGAAAGCAUGCCGGAACCAUGUCAAUGUCAGCAAUACUUGUUCACCUCCACAACUGAAUAUCAAAAAUUUAAGGGCUCGUGCUGCAACUCCAACUGCUCCAACAACUCUUGUUGGUCCUCCAGAUCUCACAAGAUUAACCAACAAGGUCUUCCCCUCCUACGGUAACCCCUGCCUAGAUCUAUUUUACCAAGUGGUACCAGACGCCGCCAACGCUGGUGCCGAUUCCCACAAAUAUCUUAAGCAACUGCUGCCGGUGGCCUGGUCCCACAAUCCCUCAAAGACCCUCAAGCUCAUCUGCAACAAACUCAAUGUCCGUGGAAAAAACGACCAAGAUGGCUUCUACACGGCGGCGUUUUGGCUCCAUCAUAACCACCCUAAGACCCUAGCCUGCAACGUCCCGUCUAUUGCCGGGUCCUUGGGCAAUUUAACGGCCCUUUUGGGAAUUCUAUACCGGAUCCUACAAGGCCAAGAUCGCCCCCUCCAUCUCUGUCUCUACGGGGAUAUCAGAAACGUCAGCUCUGCUGGUAGCGAGACGAUCCUCGCCUUGGCCAGAAUGGCCGUUGAGAGGUACCAGCGGGACCCGGAUUAUCGGUUCUUACACGACCGGAUUUCGGAUCUUUUCGCCGAUUGCUUGAAGUCUGAUAUUCAAAACUUGAACAAACACCAGCAGCAGAAUAUCAAUGAUGAUGAGUCUACUAAGUGCUUGGAGAUAACCUCCGCGGCGGACUGGUGCCCUUCCAUCGACUCCUCUUUCGAUCACGCCACUUUGCUCUGCGAGAGCAUCGCCAAGAAGUUUUUUCCUCGAGAAUCGUACCCGGAAUACGAAGGCGUUGAGGAGGCCGAUUACGCCUACAGAGUCCGUCACCGACUGAGGAAGGAGGUUCUGGUGCCCUUGAGGAAGGUCUUGGAGUGUUCCAAUUAUCACACACGUAUGAACAAGUGGGGUUAUAAUCCGGGAUUCAAGCGAGAGCCCUGUGUGGUCAAGAAGUAUUUGGAGGACGUGAAAGCCGCCGGCAACUCCAAGAUUGAGCCCGGUGCUUUGCUUCCACAUGAGAUCAUAGGCUACGUGAACGACGGGGAUGUCGGCCAAGUCGCUGAGAUUCAGUGGAAGGCAAUGGUAGAGCACAUCUACUUAAAGCAGGGCAAGUUCAAAAACUGCUUGCCUGUAUGUCAAAACUUCGGAGAACGGUUGGCGGCUUUGCAAAUACUAAUGUCCGAACUGAGUGAAGAGCCCUGGAAAGGAAAAUUGAUCAAUUUCAGUGAAAACCCUCAGCUAUAUUCAUUACAAGGCCUUGAUGAUCUUAAGUCCAAGGGCGAGCUUGUGAAGAGGAUGGACUGCCAGGACUGGGAGGUUGAUAUGCACAAGGUGUUUGAUUUGAUUUUGGAGGUUGCCGUGAAGGGUCAUUUGAAGCCAGAUCAGAUGAUCAGGAGAGUGUUCGUGUUUGCCAUGUACCAAGGGUUUGAUGAUGCUUUGGGCUAUGAUCGUUGCUGGAAGACUGAUUAUGAGGCGAUACAGCGAAAGUUCAAGGACAAUGGGUAUGGUGAUGUGGUGCCACAGAUUGUGUUUUGGAAUGUGAGCAAUGUUAUCCCUACUUCCGUGCGUUCUAUACAACAAGGGGUGGCGAUGUUGAGUGGCUUCAACACAAAUUUGAUCAAGUCCUUUUUGGACAAUGACGGAGAAAUUGGCCCGGACCAUGUCAUGGAAGCAGCCAUCUCUGACCCAGAGUAUCAAAAUCUAGUAGUAGUGGACUGA